ACAAAAGAACUGGGCGCAUCCUCCACUCACAUGAAGACGAGCACACUAUCAACAACAUCAUCAUGAUGCUACCAGAUGGAAUGAGGCACCUCGGCAGGCGAGACCUCUAUACUUCGCUUCACACCAGAGUAACAUAUCUUCUGCAGUUCCUGGAAUUUGGUCCCAACGAUGUCGCUGCCAUCGUUGAAGGACAAAAGUACAUCAAGGCCAAACUUCCGGAUGUUGUCGACAAGGUGUACAGAAAGGUUCUGAAGCACGACCUUACAGCAAGAAUUUUCUGCAAUCACGAUACCCGUGACGAGGAGAACCCUCUUGAUUGGGCUCGAGAGGCAGACCCUCAGAUUAAAUCCAGGAAGAUGAAAAUGAGAUGGUAUCUCACGAAACUCUUUUCUGAUCCCACAAAAUCCGAAUACUGGGAAUACCUAGACAAAGUUGGCCUAGGGUACGUCGGUAAAGGACGACCACAUCCUGUGUAUAUCGACUAUAUAUUCCUAGGAGCAGCACUAGGGCAUAUCCAGGACUCCGUCACAGAAGCAAUAUUCUCCCAUACAGAACUAGAUCUUGCCCGCAAGAUAGCACUUGUGAGAGCAUUUGGCAAGGUGAUCUGGAUUCAAAAUGACCUGAUGGCCAAGUGGCAUGUCGAAGAAGGCAAGGAGUAUUGCGAAGAAGGCGAAGCUGACCGGCGCCAAUCAGAGGUGUCUGAGCCAGACGGGUUUCCCGAUGAUCAGAGUGUGUCGGACAGCUUGGACAGAGGGUCAUCAUACUCCAGAGCGUCAUCAUACUCAAGCUCGUCAGAUGAAAAGCGCACCAGUCUCGGUCGGAGACUCGAGCAGAUUCGCAGCAAAGAAGCCCGCUACUGCUCCAACACCAUGGAGCCAAGUAGGGAAGAAUGUAUGGAGAGACAACGAGCCGCCGUGCACUGGAGGCCAAAAGCUGAUGAGGCUGAGGAGGUCUUCGCGGCGUCAUGAAGUGCCAGCUGUCGAAGCAUGAGAACUUAGUUAUAGUCAUGAUUUCUAGAUACCCAAUGUCAAUACAAUUUAUGAA